CUGACUAAAGUACAGACCUAUAUUAUUAUAUAUAUAGGAUCUGAUAACUCCCCAUAAGAGGUCAUGUUCUGGUGAACUUUGUAUUUGCAUAUUGCAUCAUAAUUUGAUCCAAUCAGAUAACGCGUUUCAAAUGAAGCGCGGUGUAUAAACAAAAAUGGCGGAUAUUGAACGAGUAGUGGAAGAAGUUUUGAAAAAAUUUGGCGUUAAGUGUUUAAAGGAUGAACAGCGGAUGAUUUUGGACUGCGUGCUUGAUAAAAAAGACUGUGUCGCCGUGUUACCAACAGGUUUUGGAAAAUCGCUCCCAUUUCAAGCGUAUUUGCCAGUGAAGAGAGCUUUACUCCGUGAUGAUAGCUUCGGGAAAGUAAUUGUUUGCUGUCCUCUGGUGUCUCUUAUGCAAGACCAAGUCAGAAAAUUAACUUCCAUAGGAUUAGUAACUGCUGCUUUUAAAGGCACAGACAAGGAGACCGAUGAAUUGAUACAGGCAGGAAAAGUAGACAUCAUCUAUGCAUCCCCCGAGUCAUUAGUUGGAGACAGCCAAUGGAGAUCAACAAUACAAAGACUUAAUGUAACUGUCAUCGUAGUUGAUGAAUUCCACACAGUUGUCACAUGGGGUGGUCUAGAAGCAGAUAAGGAGGAUAAAGUGUUCCGAAAGUGGUUUCGGCGUGUUGGAGAGAUCCGAUCGUACUUUCCUGAGGCAUCAUUAUUAGCACUAAGCGCGACUUGCACAAAGACAAUUAAAAAGAGGGUGAUAGAAGUUUUGGGACUGAAGGACUACACGAACAUUACAGUUUCCCCAAAUAAAGAAAACAUCAAGUACAUUGUGAAGAAAGUAGACCCUAACAUUGAAAGUUCUUUGUUGUGGAUUUUGGACUCAUUUCGAGAUUUAAAAAAGGAGUUCCCACGGACAAUAUUUUAUUGCAACUCAAUAAUAGAUGUUGGGCGUGUGUACAACUUCAUAGUGUCUGAACUAUCAGAUGUUACUAACAUUGAAAACAUGGUUGAAAUGUUUCAUUCUGAAACAACAGAAGAUAAAAAAAAGAAAACCCUUGAAAAAUUGACUGAGGACAGUGUUUUGCGCAUUAUUGUUGCUACCAGUGCACUGGGAAUGGGUGUAAAUGUUUAUGCAUGUCACAAUGUUAUAAUUUAUGGACCUCCUAGGUGUUUGAUAGACUUUGUCCAGGAAACAGGGCGAGUGGGAAGGGAUGGGGAACAAUCAUGUGCCUUUUUGAUGUAUUAUGGUCAACAACUACGGAAUGUUGACCAGGACGUCAAAGACUUCCUCACUUCAACUGAUUGCCGAAGAUUGCAACUGCUCAAGACAUUUCUUUCGGAGAGCGAGUUAAAGCUGGUACAAGGUACCAGAAUACAUACUUGUUGUGACAUUUGUGAUACAGGAUGUUCCUGUAAUUCAUGUUCUUCGACAAUUUUAGAAAAAUAUAUGACAAAUCUGUCUUUAGAUGAUGUACAUGUAAUGGAAACCUCAAGCAGUGACAGUGAUACUGUAUCAUAUGAGUAUGAAUCUGAUGAGGAUCUUGAUGAGAUUAAAUCAACUUAAGGUUCAAAUUUACACAAAA